AUGCUCUGUUCCACACUGUUGUAUAUAAUAACAUUUUUCUGUGAAGUCAGGGGCGAAGUUAUACUCAAAAUAGAUCUGGAUGAGAGCACGGACAAACAAACAACAGCCAACAAUUUGUAUAUAACAUAUAUCAACGCAACGGAUUUGCAAAAUGGUAAUACAUCAAUGAACUUGGACAUGAAGAACAAUAUGUUCGGUCAUCAAUUGUUUAAGAGGAAUCCUGACAGUCCUAUGUACGUGCCACUCGACAUAAGAGAAAAGAUAGGUAUACCAAGAGAAAGAAAUUUAAAUCCACCAUUAGUGCAAACGAAGGGAGAUAGCGCAAAAAUAAUGAAGAGUCUUGAUGAUUUCACUAUGAGGAAGAGAAGAACAUUUCUAUCUACACCAAAAUUCGAUUUCCCAUUCACAGAUUUAAACAGCAAAUACCAAGAAUUUUCGUAUGAGCACUAUCUAAGACGAAAUAACCCAGUAGAAGAUGGUAUAGCUGAAAGAGACCAUAGAAUAUUCGAAGUAUUAACCAAACAGAAUAAUUUAAUUGAGAGAAUCGCCAACAGUCUUCUUUUAAGAGAAGAAAAGAAGAAAAAAAUUGCUAGAACAUACUUCGAUGAUAUUCUAGAAUCGGUUGAGAAACGACAGUCUUCGGUGAACGCUAAAAAGACUAAGCCAUCAACAACAACAAAAAAACAAAAGACUGUUGUCGAUGUUGUUGAUGAGACGGAAAUCAGGAAGGCUUUGAAAGCUGAUCCAUUUGUGAGUAGAAUAUUACGUCUGGCUGGACAGAAGAAACAGGAGUAUGAGGGUCAGAAGGAUCAAGCUGAUGGGUAUCUAAUGUGA